AUGAACAUUUCAAAUAACGCCUCCGAGUCAGCGCCAGGAGGGGGCCACACCCAGGCGCCUCAGCUUAAACUUCGCCGCCGCUUCUGGGGAGACUGCUGGGCCAAGGCUGUUUCCGCACCACCACUCUCACUUGCGGCGCUGCGCCCGCUCUCCCUCAGCAUGACCUCGUGGUCUAUGCUAACUGCUAUCGUGAUUGAUCAGCGCCGACCUAGUCCAGCACGUGGACUUAGCGUUGCGGAGAACCCUUGGGCAUGGGGAUCUCAACAGGCCCUUGCUCUCAUGCAUUCCUUGUCUGUCGGAGGGCUGAUUUGUCAUGGGCUUGUGUGGAGAGCCGUGUUGCCUUCUUUCUUUGUUUACAUGUCUGGAUGA